AUGUAUCUCGCCGGGGCCGGCGUAGGCACUAUCGGGCUCGUCGACGGCGAUGUGGUUGAAGCUUCGAACCUUCACCGUCAGAUUGCGCAUUCGACGGAGAGGGUUGGCAUGUUUAAAGUAGACAGCGCCAUCGCCAGUCUUCAAGGCCUCAAUCCCACCAUCACCUACCGCCCGUACCGAGAACACCUCACCCCGUCGACCGCAGGUUCCAUCGUGCCCCAGUACGACCUCGUCCUAGACUGCACCGACCACCCCACCUCCCGCUACCUCAUCUCCGACGCCUGCGUGCUGUACCAAAAGCCCCUCGUCUUUGCCUCCGCGCUGCAGACUCACGGCCAGCUCAUGGUCAUGAACUGCCCUGCCCGGCCCCAGGGCGAGCGCGACGGCGGCCCAUGCUACCGGUGCGGCGGCAUCCUAGGUCCCGUGGUGGGCGUCAUGGGUGUGCUGCAGGCCCUUGAGGCCAUCAAGAUCCUUGCUUCGGGGAGGCACGAGAGCCCCGUCGCGCCGGCAACCGGUGAGACGGUUCCGGCGCAGCACCACAUGCUCUUGUUUACGGGACACGUCGCCACCCCGUUCCGCUCCGUGCGCAUGGCUGGUCGAAAGAAGACUUGCUUCGCCUGCAGCGCGGAAUCCACGCUCACCAAAGAGUCGUACGCGGAGGGCGCGGUGGACUAUGUCCAGUUUUGCGGCGUCGUCCGGCCUGCGGAUGCACUGAGGCCCGAAGAGCGCGUGUCCCCGAGAGAGUACCUCGAAAGGACACGCGGCCCCGCCAUACCUGGAGGGGAGCCCCCAAACCACCUACUCUUGGACGUGAGGGAGGCGGAGCACUUUGCUGUCGCGAGCCUUGACGACGCUGUUAAUGUGCCCUACAGAAAAUUUGGAGAGUCCGUGGCGGCGGUCGCGACAGGCGGAGCCCCGCCUACUUGGCUGCCGGCCAAUUUCGCUCCUUCCGCGCCCAUCUUCGUCGUGUGUAGGCAGGGCGAGGACUCGCAAGCCGUCACACGCCGGCUAAAGGAUCUCGGUCUUGAUAAGGGCGGGGAGCGGUACAUUGGCGACAUCAAAGGUGGGAUGAGGGCUUGGAAGGCCGACAUUGACCCGACACUCCCAUUCACGUAG